AUGAAGUUCCUCUUUGUAAAGCUUGUUUCUCAAUUGUCUCUAGUCAUUCUUUGGUCUUUUGCCACAGUUAUUACCUCUCAACAUGUUAGUGUUGUGAGUCUACCAAACAAUGAAAGUGUCCCAGCAGUGAUUGUGUUUGGGGACUCUAUAGUGGAUACAGGUAACAACAACUACAUCAACACCAUAGCCAAAGUCAAUUUCCUACCAUAUGGUAAAGAUUUUGGUGGAGGAAAUCAACCAACCGGGAGGUUCAGCAAUGGUUUAACCCCAUCAGACAUCAUUGCUGCAAAAUUGGGAGUCAAGAAGCUUUUGCCACCUUAUCUUGAUCCAAAAUUGCAACCUCAAGAUCUCCUCACAGGUGUAAGCUUUGCAUCUGGUGGCAGCGGAUAUGAUCCUCUAACAUCUAAAAUUGCAUCAGUGCUGUCAUUAUCAGAUCAACUAGACAAGUUCAGGGAAUACAAAAACAAGAUAAAGGAAACAGUUGGAGGAAACAGAACAACAACAAUAAUAUCAAAAAGCAUAUACAUCUUGUGCACAGGAAGUAAUGACAUUGCCAAUACUUACUCUCUAUCACCAUUUAGGCGACUACAAUAUGACAUUCAAUCAUACAUAGACUUCAUGAUUAAACAAGCCACAAACUUCUUGAAAGAACUUUAUGGACUAGGAGCUAGAAGGAUUGGAGUAAUUGGUUUGCCAGUUCUAGGGUGUGUGCCCUUUCAAAGAACAAUUCAAGGAGGCAUACACAGAGAAUGCUCAGAUUUUGAAAACCACGCCGCGACGCUCUUCAACAACAAGCUCUCAUCCCAAAUAGAUGCCCUUAAGAAGCAGUUUCCAGAGACCAAAUUUGUCUACCUUGAGAUUUACAACCCAUUACUCAAUAUGAUUCAAAAUGCAACUAAAUAUGGUUUUGAAGUAACAGACAAAGGAUGUUGUGGCACAGGAGAUUUUGAAGUAGGCUUUUUGUGCAACCGUUUAACGCCGCACAUAUGUUCAAACACCUCAAGCUACAUAUUCUGGGACAGUUUCCAUCCUACGGAAGAGGGAUAUAAAGUGCUUUGUUCUCAGGUGCUUGAUAAAAAUAUCAAGGACUUCUUCUAA